AUGUCAGACGACUCUGCUUCGUCGUCAUCAGCAGGUAAACGCAGGAUUGAGACCAUCGGUCGCCACAUUCAACCGGUCGCGCCCAUCACAACUUCGACAACAGCACAGUCACCACGACCAUUGUCAAGCCAGAAUAAUGCGUUCAACGACGAUCGUGAGAAACUCGGCACCUUCACACUCGGCCCCAACGUCAGCAUUCCCGUCUUUCAGCCCAAACUGCCAGAGCGCUUGCCAUCGCAGCGCCUCCUGCUGAACCUCGACGACCCGAUCGCUCUCGAGCAUCUCGAAUUCCUGUCCAAAAAAUGGCAGCUUGGUCAAGAUGUCUUCCUACUUUCUUCGCCUGGACCAUACGCGCGCAGGCUGUGCCUCACAUUCGCCUCGCUCAUUCAGCUACCUUUCGAAUACGUCUCGUUUCACCGCGACAUAGGUGAGGCCGAGUUGCUUCAGACUAGGAGCUUGUCGGCGGGAGGAAACCUCGUCUUCGAAGACGGUCCUGUCAUCCGCGCCAUGAAGAAUGGGCAUCUGCUCAUCCUUGAGGGUGUCGAAAAGGCGGAGCGAGGUGUGACUCCCAUCAUCAACAAUAUUCUCGAGAAUCGAGAACAGAACCUCUCAGACGGUCGGCAUCUUAUCCCGGCAGAGAAGCUCGCCGCUUUUCAACAGGAAGAAGCCCAACACCUACCAAGUGGCUCAAGCCGCUUCAUUCCGGUCCAUCCCAACUUCCGUGUUAUCGCAACAGGUGUCCCAGUCCCGCCGUACCGCGGAUACCCCUUGGAUCCACCCUUCCGUUCUCGUUUCCAAGCGCGAUGGAUCGAAGGCUCAGUGCAGUCGACAGUACCUCUGCCUGAGAACCUGUCCGAACACGCACAACAGCUCCGCUCAAGGUGGAGCCAAUGGGCGGCUCUUUUGCGAUAUCACACCACACUGGCUCAAGGAAACGAUGUCAUUCCACCCACCUCACGCCUGCCCAACCUACCAACGACUGCAUUGCCCUUGCUCACCGACAUCGUCAGCACCUUCCCACCGACAACACCUCUGGUCAGCCUCGACUUUGACGAAGCAGAUCCAAUCCUCCCUAAUUGGCCACGCGUCUCGCCCGAGGAUGCCGAAGACGUGCAGACGAGCGCAUCUACCUUGGCUCUGCUGAGCUCGGCCUAUCCGCAAGUGUUUGGUCUCGACCAAGAGAAACGCAAAACCCUCGACUCUCUUCUGAGUCAGUUACAAAUCCACGGGCAGCAAGGCGAGGGUGCGGAUCAGGCCACUCUCGCCGCUACUGGCUUCAUGGGCUACCUUGUAGAUAAUAUUGAGAGAUCUUCGCCCACCAGCGCCAAGGUUACCUUCGUUCAUGUUGCAGGCUCGGCACCCAACGUCAUCAUUGAGGCUCCGUGCGGCGGCCUGGAUUUUGCCCCCGUGCCUCGACUCGGUGACACGACUUUUCUCGGCCAAGAGCUCAUCGUCACCCCUCGUGUGCUGUCAAUCUACAGCCGGCUGCUUCAGCUUCAUGCUCUUGGCCGAGACAUCUGCCUCGUACCCGCCAACAAAGCCGCAACUCCGCACAAGCCGGGUGCUGCUUCAACGUCUGACCCGCUCGCGGCUGCUGCGCAUCAACCUUCGUCGUCGACGACAACAUGCAUCGGAUUGAUGGCAGCUACACUCGGCUACGCCUUUGAGUCGGUUUGGCUUUGGAAGGACCUCGGAGGAGGUGAGCUUCUGAUGCGCCGCUCUACCGCCAAGGAUGGCAGCACAACGUGGGAACCCGCGCCGCUUGUCCGUGGCGCUAUGCAAGGCAAGCUCAUUCAUCUCGCUGGUGUUGACGUUCUUGGUCCAACACUCGGCAGUCUCGCUCGCCUGCUGCAGGAUCGAGAACUGGAGCUGUGGAACGGUGCUCGCAUGACCGAAGGCGACGCCGCGGCGGAACCAGACCAAAGAGCCGUUGCAUCGACGGAUCUGAUGGCUGGUCUCUCGAUCGCACCAGGUGAGAUAGUCGCUAUCAGGCCCACCUUCCGCGUAGUUGCCACUGCAGCCAAGUCAACCGGCUGGCUCGACGAAGAAGCAAGUACCCUCUUUGCGAUCUGCAGUACUCGCGCGAUGGAUGAAGACGAAGAACACCACAUCGUUCUCUCUCGCGUCGGGCUCGAUGCAGCCACAUCUGACAUGAAGCGUAUGUUCCAGUUCGUCAAUCGAUAUCGCUCGCUCAGUGCCGAUCCGAACCUGGGUCUUGCCAAAUCGCGACGUCUCGGUACGCGUCAAGUGAUCCGUAUGGCUUCACGUCUCGCUCGCUGGCAGGACGAUUGCGAUGUGCACGGUCUUAUUUGGCGCAGCUUGCUCGUCGAUUUUCUGCCCAUCACUGUUCGCGAGGUCAUUUCAAACUUGCUGACAGAAUGUGGGAUCUACAAGCCAGGUACUGAAGGCGCAUUCCAGUACGUUCCGCGCCUUUGGAUUGGCGACCCUCACGUUGUUGCAUCUAGCGACGGAGGUGCAGGCACACUCGACUUUACUGCUUCCGAUGGCUCUGACCGGGAAUACCCCGUUCGCUCCAUUCCGCGCUACAACGCUGACAAGCUCGACCCUGAAGGCAAGACGCUAAUCCCUGAUCUUGGCGGUAGCUUCUACAACAACGCGCAACAGAGCAGCCUCAUCCGUUUCUUUGCGGAAGAUCUCGUGUUGCUCAACGAGCAUCUCUUACUCAUGGGCUCCCAGGGUACGGGUAAGAAUAAGAUCAUCGAUCGCACGCUCGAGUUGCUCGGCCGGCCGCGAGAGUAUAUCCAGAUGAACCGCGACUCAACCGUUGCCGGUCUGCUGCAGCAAAUUGCCUUGGAAAAGGGUCAAAUUCACUACUACGAUUCACCGCUGGUACGAGCUGUCAAGUUGGGAAGGAUUUUAGUUGUUGACGAAGCGGAUAAGUGCUCUACCGCGGUUUCUGCCGUGUUUAAGAGCCUAGCCGAAAGGGGAGAGCUGAGUUUGCCGGAUGGACGACGUAUUCGACCUGCUCGCCAGGGCGAACACGUGCAGCAGAAAGUGGAUGAUGGAGCGUCGUUGGGAGGUGACAUUCUUGUCCAUCCCGACUUCCGUCUGGUGCUGCUGUCCAACCGACCUGGCUGGCCGUUCUUUGGAAACAACUUUAUCGAAGUCAUCGGAGAGGGUUUCAGCUGCUACGCCGUCGCCAAUCCUGACAUCGAGUCAGAGGUGCGCCUACUCAAAGCGGCUGCACCCAAUAUCGAAGUCGAUCUCCUGCGCCGUCUCGAUCUCGCCUUUCACGACCUGCGAGCUGGCUUUGAAGCAGGACUGAUCAAUCACCCGUAUUCCCUCCGAGAAUUGCUGCACCUCGUGGCGCACAUGCAAAAGUACCCUGACGAACCGCUCUCCUCUGUGUUGCUCAACACUCUGGCGUUCGACCUUCACAGACCCGAGAGUAUUCGAUGGGUCGUCGAAACGCUGCGCAAACGCAACUUGCCGAUUGAACAGCUAUCCCUCGAUGUCUUACGCGAGCAGGAUCUUGAACGCAUUCGUCAAGCUGAAAAAGCCGGCAAGGACAGUCUCAAACCCGAAUUCCACCCGGGCAAGGAAGACUACGAUCCGACCAAAGCCGGUCGCGCUACCCACCUCAACAAGCCCAAGGAGGGUAAAGUCGAUCCAAACAAUGAAGCUCACGUCGGUGGCAACACGUGGAAGGGCGGUGUGGGUGGACGUGACACCAUGGGUCUUGGCGGACGUGGUGGUUACGGACGUCAGUAUACCGGUCAUAAGAUCCAUCAAGUUAGCAACGAACUGAAAAAAGACGUUCCGGAACACCUCAAGAAACAGGCUCGAGAGAUGGCUAGAGAAGCUUUGGAGAAGGAACUUCGAGAAAAUGGAAUGCAACCUCAUGAAGCGGUCAACCUGCACGAGAUGAAGCAGAAGGUGGCUUCACAAGUGCAGCAUCUUUCCAACGUGUUGAACGAUUUGAAGGCGAGUCGAUACGAGAGAUCUUGGUUGACGCGACAGCAGGAAGGUGAACUGGACGAGCGUCGGUUGUCCGAAGGUCUUGCUGGUGAGCGUGGUAUCUUUAAGAGGAGAGCUGAGAUGCCGCCUGAUCCGGGUGCGCCGCAGAUCAAACCAAAGCGUAUCAGGAUCGUGCUCGAUCUGUCCGCUUCCAUGUACUAUAUGCAGUACGACGGAAGGUUGGAACGCGAGUUGGAGGUGGCACUGAUGGCGAUGCAGGCGUUUUCCAGGUUGGAAGAUGCUACCGAGAGGUUUGCAGUCGACAUCGUCGGUCACAGCGGAGACACGGAUAUGAUCCCGUUGGUGGAUGUAGGUAGGAUGCCCAAGACAGAUGGUGACAUGUACAAAAUUUUGCGCGCCAUCGUCAGCCACACGCAGUACUGCGAUUCUGGCGACAACACGCUCAAGUGCAUCGAAAAGUCGAUCCGUCAAGUCAAACGUCACACACAUCAUACCGAGGCGUCAGCAAAACUCGACCCGACAUCAGCAACGGGCGCUCCACCUAUUGUCGAAGAAGAUCCGUCCACUUCACCCAUGGACGACUACUUUGUCAUCGUCCUCUCCGACGCCAAUCUCUCAAGAUAUGGCAUCACUCACCACCGUCUCGCUCAACUGCUUCGACUCGACCCGCAGGUCAAGACUUCGCUCAUCUUUAUCGACAAGGGCAACGAGGCGCUUCACCUCGCCAAGCAGCUUCCCACGCAGACUCACGUGGCUAGAGAGACGAAGGACAUCCCUCGCAUCCUCAGUAACAUUCUCACCAGUGUCGUUCAAAACUCAUAG